GAGAGAGAGAGAGAGAGAGGAGGACGCACCGGAAUCACUGAUCAAUAACCGGUGAUCCGGAUCAAUCAGCCCGACACGAACCUGGUUCUGCAGCUGAGUGUGUGAGAGAGAGAGAGAGAGAGAGACAUGGAACCGUGGUUCUCCUGAUAGGAGGAGAACAGCAGAGGAACCAGCGGACCUGAAGGAGGAACAUGGCCCACGUAGGCAACGGAGCGACCGCGGAGGAGGAGGACUGCUUUGAGGACGCCUAUGACAGAAUACCUGCGGCCGGUCAGAUGGACCUGCAGACGGCCAUCCAGGAGACUCAGUGUGCUCUCAAUCUGGUCCUCAACGACAAGUUCUCUGAAGCCCUGGACCUCCUCAAACCCUGGCGGAGGGACAGCAUGUACCAUGCGUUGGGUUACAGCAGCAUCCUGGUGAUGCAGGCGACCAUGACCUUUGAACACCGAGACAUUCAGGCCGCCAUGGUGACCAUCAAGGAGGCGUUACAGACCUGCCAGAGGUUCAGGAAGAAGAACUCGGUGGUUGGAUCUCUGUCCAGUCUGAUCAGCAAGCAGACCAACCUGCAGGAAGAGGAGAUGCACGCAGAGAUCUGCUACGCUGAGUGUCUGCUGCAGAAAGCCACGCUGACCUUUGUACAGGAUGAAAACAUGCUCAGUUUUAUCAAAGGAGGCAUAAAGAUUCGAACAAGCUACCAAAUCUACAAGGAUUGUCAGAACAUGCUGAAUGUCAAUCAGGAACUGGCCGGCCAGUCUGAUGCGUUCAGACAGUUUGAGGGCGGAGUCAAGCUGGGCAUCGGAUCCUUCAACCUGAUGUUGUCUCUCCUCCCUCAGAGGAUUUUGAGGUUGUUGGAGUUCAUCGGAUUCUCAGGAAACAGGGGGUUUGGUUUGUCUCAGUUGAGAGAGGGAGCCUCCAGUCACAGUUUGCGGUCGAUCCUCUGUGCUCUGACUCUGCUCUUCUACAACACAUAUGUGUCACUGAUACUUGGAACUGGAGAGGGCAACCUGGUGGAGGCCGAAGCUCUGCUGGAGCCAUACCAGCAAAAGUACCCCAAAGGCUCUCUCAUUCUCUUCUACUCUGCUCGCAUCUCAACGCUGCGAGGAAACUUUGAGAAGGCCCGGGCGUGCUACGAGGAGUGCAUCGGCAGCCAGCAGGAAUGGAAGCAGGUCCACCACCUGUGUUACUGGGAGCUGAUGUGGGCUCACUCCUUCCAGCAGGAGUGGCAGCAGGCGUACCAGUACGCCGACCUGCUGUGCAAGGAGAGCCGCUGGUCCAAGGCGAUCUAUGUGUACCAGAAGGCGGCCAUCCUCAGUAUGAUGUCAGAGGAGGAGCUGAAGCAGACGGGGGAGGACGUCGUGGAGCUCUUUAGGCAGGUGGAGGGGCUGAAACAGCGCCUGGCUGGGAAGUCGAUCCCAACAGAAAAAUUUGCAGUGAGGAAGUCGAGACGCUACAAAUCUGCUAACCUCAUCCCCCUGGUCAUCCCCGCCCUGGAGAUGAUGUACGUUUGGAACGGCUUCACCAUCGUCGGGAAGAGAGCCGACAGUACCGAGGCCCUGCUGGUUACCAUAGAGACGGCUGAGGAGCAGCUUCGCAACGAUCCCAGCCCGUCAGAGUAUCAUCCAGAUGACAGCUGUCUGGUCCAGAUGUUGAAGGGCCUCUGUCUGAAACACCUGGGCAGGUUACUGCAGGCCGAGCUCUGCUUCACACAGGUCCUGUCCAGUGAGAGUCGGAUCAGAUACGAUCACUACCUGAUUCCCUUCACUCUCUAUGAGUUGGGUCUGCUCUAUAAACUACAGGGAGACUUCACCAAGGCCACCACAUUCAUAGAAAAUGCCAAGACGAACUAUAAGGACUACUCCAUGGAGAGCAGACUGCACUUCAGGAUCCACGCGGCCCUCAACAGCCUCAAAGGAUCACCUGUUGGCACCCCAUAAUACUCCAAUACACCUCAGACUGCAGCUGGAAAAACAACGGUUUGGAUCACGAAUCCAGAUUCCCCCUCACAAAAAGCUGAAGCGGGUGAACCAAGAAGUGUGUCGGGGGUUUGAUGUCCACCAGGACUCUCGUCUUGUCCUUUGCUUGCAACCUUAUAUUGUAUGUGUCCUUAUUUAUUUAUUUUUUUAAAUUGUAUUGACAGAUGAGAUUAUUUAAGCACCUCUUCUUUAACAUGCUUCCUAUCAAUACUGAGAUUUGAUUGGUAGAAGCAGCUCCGUGGUUUUAAAUGUCACAUUAAUCAACACACUAAACGUUAUCGGAGCUCCUUGUAUUAUGAGUAAAGAGAGGAUAACACACGAGGGGGUUUAUUUUGAGGACUCGUUCACUCAGACGCUUUGCACGGCAGACAUCUUUAAACUUUUUUUUAUUUAAAAGCACAAAGUAUGAGAAGGUUUAGCUUUACGAGAAGACACAGCAAGGAUCAGCUGUCAAACCACGAGGAGAAACCAGGAGUCAACCUCUGGUUCUGCUGAGUGAAGUCAAAGCUUCAUGCCUUAAAGCUGCAUUCUCUCUGCUGUCCAGCAGGGGGCGACUCCUCUGGUUGUAUAGAAGUCUAUGAGAAAAUGACUCUACUUCUCUCUUGAUUUAUUCCCUCAGUAAACAUUGUAAACAUGAGUUUAUGGUCUCAAUCUCUAGUUUCAAGUCUUCUUCAAUACAGCAUGAUGUUCAUUUAGUAAAUGAUGCUCCAUUUAGAGUCAAACAGACCAUAAAGCAGGGGAUGCUUUAGGGCGGGGCUACACACUGAUUGACAGGUCGACACCAGAGACGUAUACGGCGUCUCUACGUCACUCCUCCUCAGUCCUAAUAUGGUCACUUCCUGUUCGCUCUUUGCAACAAAAAGAAAAGUUGGCGACGGCCAAAAUGUUGAACUUGAUGUUUAAAAACGUCCAACGAACCAAUGGGUGACGUCACCAUGACUACGUCCACGUCUUCUAUACAGUUUAUGGGAGAUUAGAUCAGCUGUUUUCAUUGAUCUCUUUUCACCUCUCCAGUUUGCUUCAGACCGUCGGUCUGAACGAGCCCUGAAACGAAACCCUCACUGGUCUUCAGACCUGACGUGCUACCAGACAAAUCAUGGCCUUAAGCUGCUCAUCAUUUUGUAUGAACGUUACUCUGUAUAUUUUAUAGGAUAGAAUCAUAAAUACUGAUGGAUUUCAGGUUGACAGACAAAAACCUGAUGAGUGCAUUAGUGUAAACACGCACACUAUAUAUAUAUAUAUAUAUAUUAAUGCUUUAUAUUUUCUUUACUUUGCCUUGUUUUGAUUUCCUAAUAAUGCAUCAUGCCACUCGCAAUGGAAGCCUUCUCACCAACCGUGGCUUACACACACACACACACACACACACACACACACACACACACACACACACACACACACACACACACACAGCAUAAUACACUCAUUUAAAGCUUGCACAUACUGGGCAAUACUCACACUGACCAGAGAAACAAACACACACAAGCGGCUGUAAACGCACACAUUUAGCAGCAAUAUAAGAUAAGGUUGUGCUGUUAGUCAGUCAGUGUGUGUGUGUCCGCGUUUUAAUUCAUUAAAAGUAAUUAUCUCUUUGCAGGACGGGCGAGUUGAGAGGGAGAUUUAGAGGACAUUUUUUUACGUAAAAAGAACCCAAUACCAUGAGCGAUCUCAGUGUGCUUCCACGUUAGCAUAAAUCAUUUAGCGUCUGCAGAGGGAGCUGUGUCACGUCUGGUUAUUGUCCAUCACUUGAAAACUACAAGUUAGAAAAUGUGGGAAAUUAUAUAUAUAUAAGUUGAAGUACUCAGAAGAAAGUCCUGCAGCGACUUUUAGAAUACUCGUUGCUAGUUGUGGUACUGCUUUAAAGGAACAGUGUGUAGCAUUUAGGAGAUCUAUUGGCAGAAAUGGAAAAUUAUAUGAAUACUACUUUAGUGUUUAAUUACCUGAAGAUAAGAAUCGUUGUGUUUCUGUUACCAUUAAAUCAAGUUUUCAUGUUUUCAGUUGGUUGUAAUCUGCAACUUCGCCACCAGAUGGCGCCAGAUCCCACACACUGCCCCUUUAAGUGUCAAGCUAAACGCUAAUCUUCAAAGUAUCGGCAUCGUCAUUUCAGCUUGUGGUCGGUCAACAGUGCGAACUUCGUGAAAAUAUUAGUGCAGAUUUAAGAUAUUUUUCUGCAAUAUUAAACUACUCCAAAUACUACUUCUUUUUUUUUACUUUUUUUGUGCAUACUUUUUGUUUUCUGGCUCUCAGGUGGAAAAAAAAAAUCAAAGAAUGCAGCUUUAAAAUGAAUCAAGAUGAGAUUAACGUGGCGUAGAGAUGGACAAUUUAAUUUAGUUAUAUUCGUUGUAUUCUAUUAUUUAUUGUAAAUGAUUUAGAUCAGCAACAUACAAGAAGAGCAGUUAGUUAAAUAUCUAUUUAUGGAAUUAAACAUUUAAAAAAAGAAGCACAAAUCUAUGACCUCCAAUUACCAAACACAUAUAAACAUAUAGCUUUUAUUUCAUGACCAUAUUCUUAUUUGGCUUUGAGUAGUUUAAUACUAUUUCAAAUUAUGUAUAUAAUAUAUUAACACAAUAAUUAUUUAUUAUAUCUAUAUAACUCAGAAGAUUCACUGGUUUUAUUCCAGAUGGAUUUGGUGCGUGGGUGGACGAAAUGCUUUGUCUCCAAAUAAAGAAACAGCUUUCCUCGAAUAUUUAGUUCUUAUUUUAUUAUUCAGUUCCAAACAAAUCGCAUAUUUGCAACUGGAAUAAACGAGUGGCAACAAUUAGCCUUCUCCCUGUAACGAAUGUAUCAACCUAAAGACCAAAUUAUACGUGUGUCUUGCUGUAUGUUUGUUGUUGUUUUUGUGUGUGGUUUUUGUGUAGAACCUCUUAUAGGGGGGUUCUUUGUGGAACCCUUCACAGAUGGUUUGAGGUAUAACCCUUCAUGUUGGGUUCCUGGUAGAAACUUUUAAAAAGGUUCCUUGUUGAACCUCUAUAAAAGUUUCUACAAGGAACCAAAACAGUUUUUUCCUAUGAUGACAAGCUGAAGAACCCUCAAUGGUUCUAGUUAGCACCUUUUAUUUCUAAGAGUGUAUGCUCAUGUAUUAUCGUAACAUUUGAGUCUUAGAGCUAAACAUGGUUUUUUUUCGUCUGCGUAAUUAAAAAGAUUAAUUACAUGGUCCCUUUUCCAAAUUUAUAAAUAUAUAUGAUUAAUGUCACUAUGAUAAUUAAAAUACUGGUUAUUUGAACAUCUUGGUUCUUUAAAACGUUCUGCUACAUUUCAUUGUCACGACCGUUCUGAUAGAAGGCUUUGGUUCAGUUUGUCAUGUCAGUGCCUCUUUGUGUGUUAAACUGUAAUUGUUAAUCUGGUUUUCUAUAGGAUGCAUGUUAAUAAUUAUAUGUAAUCUUUUUUUUUCUAAUAUAAGGACAUUACUGUAUGUGCUUUACGGCAGGAAAUGAUAUGACCAAAUAUUUACGGUUAUAGACGAUGAUCCACGUGGUGCAAUAAAAUGAAAUUG